CCAAGAAUCCAGGGAAAACCGAUUGCGCCUGCGUAUCCAGACGUGGCAACGGCAUCAUGGCCUCUUGGAACCGCUUCGGGAGUCGGAUGAGAGAGGCGAAAAUGUUCAUGUUGGUGUAUCUGGUGUGGCUGCUGCCAGUGCUGGAAGCGGUGAAGGUGUCUCCUCUCAUUGAGAAAGUCAGCGACCACAAAGACUUUAAGAAGCUGCUCAGGACGAGAACCAACGUUCUGGUGCUCUACACCAAGACAGCUACAUCAGGGGACUCCCACCUCAAACUGCUAUCAGAUGUGGCCCAGACAGUAAAGGGCCAGGGGACUAUUGCCUGGGUCAACUGUGGAGAUUCAGAGGGUCGUAAGCUCUGUAAGAAAGUGAAGGUGGACCCGAGCUCCAAACGUGGAGGAGCAGAGCUGUUGCAUUACAAAGAAGGUGCGUUCCACACAGAGUACAACAGGCCAGCUACCUUCAAGUCCAUGGUAUCGUUCUUGAAAGACCCAUCAGGACCCCCAUUGUGGGAAGAGAACCCAGAGGCAAAAGAUAUCGUCCACAUAGAGACAGAAAAGGACUUCAGGAAGCUGCUGAAGAAAGAGGAGAGGCCAGUCCUCAUAAUGUUCUAUGCUCCCUGGUGCGGAGUUUGUAAGAGAAUGCAGCCCAUCUUUCAGCAAGCGGCCACAGAGACAAAGGGGAAAUAUGUACUGGCGGGGAUGAAUGUGAACCCAGCUGAGUUUGACGGCCUCAAGCAGGAGUACAACGUCAAAGGAUACCCAACCUUCUGCUACUUUGAGAAGGGGAAGUUCCUUUACCACUAUGAAAACUAUGGAGCCACAGCCAAGGAUAUUGCCGACUGGAUGAAGACACCUCAGCCACCCCAGCCUAAGACCCCUGAGGUACCGUGGUCGGAGACUGACUCCCCGGUUUUCCACCUGACCGAUGAGUCCUUUGACAGCUUCCUGGAGGAACAUCCCGCAGCCCUGGUCAUGUUCUAUGCACCGUGGUGUGGUCACUGCAAGAAGAUGAAGCCAGAGUAUGAUGAAGCUGCUGAAAUACUCAACAAGGGUGCAAACAGUCCGGGUGUGUUGGCAGCAGUGGAUUCCACAGUGCACAAGGCUGUUGGGGAUCGUUUCAAGAUUUCUGGUUUCCCAACUGUUAAGUAUUUCGAGAAAGGUGAGGAGAAGUACACGCUGCCACAGCUCCGAAGCAAAGACAAGAUCAUCGAGUUCAUGCACAAUCCCCAGGCACCUCCUCCACCAGAGCAAUCUUGGGAGGACAAGCCCUCCAGCGUCAGCCAUCUCGGAUCAGAGGAUUUUCGAGAGGCACUGAAGAAGAAAAAACAUGCUCUGGUCAUGUUCUACGCUCCCUGGUGUCCACACUGUAAAAACGCUGUUCCCCACUUUACUACAGCAGCAGAGCUCUUCAAAGAGGACCGCAAGAUUGUGUAUGCUGCUGUGGACUGUACAAAAGGACAGAACCAUGAGCUUUGUAAACAGGAAGGGGUGGAGGGCUACCCAACGUUUAACUACUACAACUAUGGCAAGUUUGUGGAAAAAUACAAUGGAGAUCGUGGGGAGGGGGGCUUCGUAAGUUUUAUGCGCAGCCUAAGAGGACGUGAUCAAGAAAAGGUUGUCAAGAGGAAGGAGGAGCUCUGAGGGCCAUGUGCUGGGAGGGGGCGUUGCACUACACAGUUUGUCAUUGCACUGUGACCCUUGACGUGGCAAGGGUCCUAUCAGCACUGACAUGGGAGACUUGAUGACCUCAGCGAAAGGCUAUUUUUUUUUAUACCGUGGUGAUGAUGUUUGUAAUAAUACCAACAGAGUACCUACAGUCAGACCGACCACUUGAGACUUCUUUUUCAUGGAUUUUCUGAUGGGCAAAAAAGUGAUUACCCCCCCCUCCCUUCCCCAACACUGUGACUGCAUAUGUGAAAAGCUAAACCCAAUACUGUAUCUAUGCAAUACUGACCUCUGUUUAGCUCUUCAGGGGUCUGUGUGUCUGAUCAACACCCGUGGUGGGUGGUGGGCAUCAUUAUUUAAAGGUGGAGGUUGCGCUGUCAAUCACUCCACAGGGGUCCUAAUCCAGUCCCAUCAAACCUGCUCUUCUCCUUGAAGGGACACAUUUUGACAGAUGCGUGUUGGCUCCAACAUUUUUGGACAGAACAUCAAGUCCAGAACCAUCCAGAAUAUUGCUUUGUUAUCCUUACAGAUCAGUUGGAAGAUAACUGAGUUUAACACCAAGAUCUCUUUUUGAAAAAAGCCCAUAGCUGAUACAGUAAAAUGUAAAGUGCUACUGUAUAAGGUACUUCAGCAAUGUGAAAUAGGUGAAAUCUGUGAAAUCAUGGCCAAAGGGUCAAUAUUCUGUAUGGUUUUGGGCUCUCAUGAUUAGUUUUGCUUUUAGAAAGGACUUACACACUUUUGUUUGCUUAAAACUGUGGCCUUAAAGAUAUAAAACUUUUUUUAAAAUGCUGGUAUUGCAGAAAUAUAAAAUAAUAAGUGGAGGAGAAUCAGAGGCUUGGUGCCCUUGCAAUUCCCUCGAGUCAUGGACCAGAGCAAGUUAAAGGAGAAGAAAAAAAAAAGACAAGAACAUGAAAUGCCAAAUAUUCUUCUGCACAUUGCCCUUGAUAUUUUCAUGCUUUGUACAUUUCCAGAUAUUAACAACAUUCACAGCUGUAGUGGCCUCUUGUACAAGUUUGGGGCUCAUUUACAAAAGCAUGGGAGAUGCUCAAGUAUGGUGGCUAAAUGUUGCAUGUUGAUCAUAAAAUUUCAACAAAGCAUGACCCUUUCCUCCGUUGACUGAAGUAAUCAUGGAUUCCACCCAGUAUCCCACAAUUCCCUCUGCAUCCACACACAUACUGGAAUAAUUCAGACCUCUGGUUUACACUCUGGGCAUUCAGGGUUUUUGUUUAAGGGUACCCAGUCUGUAUUAUGCCAUGUGUUUCCAAUGAGCCAAAAUUCUUCUGGACCGUUCUGUCUCAGUCUGUGUCUGCCUGCCAUUGCUUGGCCUAGACUUGCUCAGCUUCAGUUGGCUUGGACAGUGCUCUCCCAUGCCUUCCAUCAUAUUCCAAGGGAUGUCUUCAUAGUGCAGCACAUCCAAGGAGUAAGGAAGUGAAGUCUGCCCUAGCUGCAUAAGACCAUUGAUUUGGCGGCAUCAUCAUUACUUUUGUGGGUUUUUUUUUUUUAAAAGUGCGUUUUCAACUCCCACGCUUUGGCCACUAUAAAUAAUUAAAUGCUUAUCUGUAGCUGAACUUGUGUUUUAUAAUUCAAGACUUUGGUUUCUUUCAUUAUGAAUAAGGUUCUCAGGGAUAGCGAAACACAAUUAAAGGGAACUAGUUUGUUUGUAAGUUUGCAUUCCAGCUGAAUAAUUUUGAGCCCUUAGGUCACCAAAUUAAAUAUUGUUUAUGUUUGUAUCCCAAGAAAAAAUAAAUCAAUUGAAAUGUAAUUUUUCUGUUCCAUAUCAUGACAUGUAUUGAAUAAGACAUAUAUUCAGUUGAUGUUACUGAACCAUUUCUCGUCAGACACUAUCAUCGUGAUUUUUAACGGAAGUGAAACUGUCUCAGACAGGCUGGCACCAAACACAUGUUUGUGUUCAAUAUGACUUUAAUAUUUUAUGGUAUGCAAGGGCAUUUUGAAAGAGUGCUUUACACAGUUAGGUGUUGACAUAUUGCUGUAAUUAGGUGUUCAUUCUCCUCUCGAGGGGAAACGACAACCUUUGUGUACUGUGUCCAAGUGUUUUUUUGUUUAGGAGCCUCCACAGUGACAUCACAUGUUUGUUGAAUAAUAUAACAACCACCUCUAUCUUAUCCCAAAGGUAUCCAUGUUGUGUGGGAAUUUGUCUCACUUAUGCCAAGAAGUCAUUGUUGCCUUUGUUGAUUUUUCUGUGCCCAGCCAUACAUACAGUUUUGCCCCUUAGUCAGGACCUUGCAAAGUAAAAAAAUGAAUAAAGUCAUACAUUUCCAAA